AUGCCUACUCUAUCAGGCGAUACUCUUCUCUACAACAUCCUACAACCGGAGGUGCAGGAACAGGAACUUACUACUUUACCAUUUAACCAGUCGCACAAUAGCAUAGAACUAGAGCUGCUCAGACCAUCUUUCCGAGAGCCAGAUCUCACUGAACCAAGCCGCCAGAUCUCACAGGUCAAUAGUGAAGAGCAGGGAACAGACACACGCACAGGAUCGAGCUCCCGAAGACUUCCGCAACCUAUCUCAACAGCCAAUCUUGACGGCGAAGAAGCUCGAGCAUUGACUUCCCCAUCGAACUUCGACUUAGACUCAGACGACUCUCAAAUGGGACGCAAAUCUCAGAAGCCUUCUCUCCAAGAGCCAGACCAGCCCUCGUCGACGUCGUCGGGUGGCCAGAACGGCCACACCAACGGGAAUAUGGAUUCUCACCUCGAGAUGCGGCGGAAGCACCCGUCCCUCGAGUCCCCAACCGCAGCCUCGCAAACCGCCCAUCUUAUGAGCAGGGAGAGCUUCACCCUCGACAACGAGCCACCACAGACACCCUUAACGCCGAAUCCGAAUUCGAGUUUCUUUGACCUGCCGCGACAAGAUAGACGGAAUUUCCUACUCUUAGUGCUUCUAUACUUUCUACAAGGGAUACCCAUGGGAUUGGCUUCUGGAUCUGUGCCUUUUCUUCUAAAACAACAUCUUUCGUACGGACAAAUAGGGGUCUUCACAUUGGCGUCGUACCCAUAUUCAUUGAAGCUACUAUGGAGUCCAAUUGUGGAUGCAGUAUGGAGUCCGAGGCUGGGAAGGAGAAAAAGUUGGAUCAUGCCUAUUCAGGUGUGCUCAGGUAUAGGGAUGAUAUAUCUUGGGGGGAGGGUCAAAGAAAUGAUGGUUGCUGCCGGUGCAAGCGAUGGCUCAGGCGUGUGGUCAUUUACAUGGUGGUGGUUCUUCCUGGUCUUCCUGUGCGCGACACAAGAUAUUGCCGUCGAUGGGUGGGCUCUCACACUGCUAUCCCCCCAAAACCUCUCCUACGCUUCCACCGCGCAAACUGUCGGUCUUACUGCUGGCCACUUCCUCUCCUACACCGUCUUCCUUGCCUUCAACUCCCCUCACUUCGCCAAUCGCUGGUUCCGCUCUACGCCCAGCACUGAAGGCGUCAUGACCUUAGGCGGCUACCUCACCUUCUGGGGCUGGGGCUACCUGCUCGUAACCCUCGGUCUCGCCAUCCUGAAAAAAGAAGACAAAACCAAAGAAAGGGACGGCAUCCUCGAAGUCUAUAAAAGCAUGCUCGGCGUCCUUAAACUCAGGAAUAUACAAAGCAUCAUCAUAAUCCAUCUCAUCGCCAAAAUUGGCUUCCAAGCCAACGAUGCCGUCACAAACCUCAAGCUCAUCGACAAGGGGUUCAGUCAAGAAGACAUGGCUCUCACAGUCCUUAUUGACUUCCCUUUCGAAAUCAGUCUAGGCUACUACGCUGGCCGCUGGUCCACCUCCAAUCCCCCAAUCCACGUCUGGUGCUGGGCCUUCAUUGGCCGCCUUGUCGCAGCUUGCCUAGCCCAACUGGUCGUCAUGAUUUUCCCCGCCGACGGCGUACAGCCUUGGUAUUUGCUCACGGUAAUCGCCUCACACAUCUUCUCCACUUUCACGAGCACAGUCAUGUUCGUCGCCAUCUCAGCUUUCCAUGCAAAGAUCGCCGAUCCAGCCAUUGGCGGCACCUAUAUGACCCUGCUCGCAACUGUCUCGAACCUGGGCGGUACAUUCCCCCGCUUCUUCAUCCUCAAAUUCGUCGACUAUUUCACCGUCGCAACUUGCCACCCACCCACCUCUCCUCCCCUAGAAAAAGAUCUCAAGGGCGGCCUCAUUACAUCCUCCUUCAACUGCGUCGCCGAAGUCGAGAAGCACCGCUGUCUCGACGGUGGCGGCACAUGCGAUAUCUCGCGAGAUGGAUACUACAUCACCAAUGUUGUUUGCGUGAUCGUUGGUGCGAUUACAUUUGCGUUAUAUAUCAGGCCUGCCGCGUUGAAAUUGCAGGCGCUGCCUCUGAGAGCUUGGAGGCUUGGGAGUGGGGAUAGAAACUAA